GGGCAAGACAGAUGUUGAAAAUCGCUUAUAACAUAGCCAAGUAUGACAGUGCAGGCCAGCUUCUAACUGCAAACAAGGAAGAACAGAAAGAGGAGGAUGAGGAGCUGCAGUUGCUAGACAGUGAUAUCACACUUUUGCGCAAUGUAUUACCUUUCAGUUUGGCCAGUCUUACUUUAGAAAAGCUGAAAUCAGCAUCAACUCACAAUGAAGCUGAACAAGCUGUGACUAUGCUUACAAUUUUGAUGCAUUCAACAUUGCUAGAAAUGACAACAAGACACAAUUAUGAUGAUGCAGACACAUCAUCAAAUCACUCACCAAGUGAAUUUUGUAAAGAAUUGUUGAAAUGUGGAGUUCUCGAUUGGAAAGAUGCUUUUGAAAGGUUUCUCUCUGUGCCGCCUUCCAGUCCGGAUGAUCAACAUCUUCUGAGCUCUGUUUGGUUUUGUUUGUCACUACUCAUUACUUGCAUGUCUCAUGAUCAUUGCAGAGACUGUCUGGAGUGGCUACUACCACAUGCUGCUACGCAAGAACUCUCAGGAAUCCCAUCCCAUAGCGACUCGUUUUUUUCAGAAAUUGCAUCAUCAUACAACAUGUCAGCUACUCUGGACCAGCCAGUUGCCAUCGUGCCUGGAUCAGAGUUUGCUGCAAGAACAUUACAAAUGGGCCAUGGCUCAUUUGUAAUGUCAGCAUUGAGACAGAAAAGAGAGCUACGUCAAUGUUUCAUCCAUCUUGCACCAUUUGAGGCUAUAAUAGCUCAAUGGCUGAUUGUCAUUCUGGACGGAUGUGAUGAAUCCAACUACUCGAAUAUGCCAGUUGUGGAGAGAGCAUUAGAAUGUCUUGUUCACAUCACUGCAAUACCGAAUUGGAGCUUGUCUGGUUCUGAUGAUGAAAGGGCAUCGUUUUGCUGUAAAGUUGGAGCAUGUUUAGCAAAGGUUGUUCGAAUAUUUGAGCAUGGAAGAGUAGGGAUAGUGUCAUCGUUCAUUGGAAAAGGCAUCACAAAGAGAGCAGCUAUCUGUUUGAGUCAUUUGGCAUCAGAAAUGGCGAGAACGAGCAAACAAGGUGACUGGACAGAAGCAUUUCUAAAUGUUUGUAAGCUUGAUCAAACGACGUCAUUAAACAAACAGCUUACAUGGCUACUUGCCUUCUUUGAUGAUCGUGAGCAGGAGGUUCGUUUUUCUGCUUAUGCAAUUUUUUCUCUUCUCUGUGGUCAUUCAGCUGGUGCAGCUGCAAUGUUGUCCAUCAGUAAUGACGUUUCUUGCAAUCAAUGGAUAUGCAACAUGGCUUUAUCAUGCUUGAGGAACUCAGAUGAAGCUGCAAUUGUUCGGCAGCAGGCUGCUUAUCUUUUAGCAAAUCUCUCAAGAAAUGAAUCUGCAUGUGAGGUCAUUAAGUGCAUGAUACAUCAACAGACAAUUCAGUAUUUAGCAAGAGAAAUUGCCUCAUUUGAUGUGAGCCAGUUUGUCAUCCACUGUUGUAUGCAUCAGGCUGACUGCAGCAACAGCUAUGGAAACAGUCGUUUGAGUGAUGACAAACAGGAUGAUAAUGUGCAAGUCACUCACAAUGUUGACAUUAUGUCUACGCGUGUUUCUGCUCAUUCCUCUUCUUCGCCUUCAGUGUCUGGUCUCUUUUCUGUGGUUUCAGAUUCAACAUUUAGUCCUGGACUCAUUGCUGCCAUCUGUCUUUGGUUUGGCAACCUUAUUGCCGCUUCUCCUCAACAGACAAUUACUAGACUAAUAGAUGAUGGUAUUGUACAUUCUCUCAUCAAACUAGUUGUUCAUUUCCCUGUUGAGACAGUCAACUUGUUGUUGAGGGACCUCCACGUACAUAGGCAAGUAUUGUCUUUGCAAUGAAUGAAGUCAAUCACAUGUGGAGAUUGCAUUUGCUUCUAGG